GUACUGACUACUGAAACAGUGGAGUCGAAGGUCCAAGUCAAGCCGGAACCAAACCCCACCAAAUGGAAGGAUUCCAUUUCCUGCAAUCAGGCUAAGAGUAUUUCACCACGCUUGCCUACCACAACAGCAACAAUGAAGUAUAUAACAUAAGAAACCCCCCUCCCUCCAACCCAACCAGAAACCCGACGAAAAAUGACCACCCGCCCUCGCCGCCGAAAAUGGGCCCUCAUCACCGGCGUCUCCCCGUCCGGACUUGGCUCUGCACUAACCCAAGAACUCCUCCGGCGCAGCAUAAACGUGAUCGCCACCACCCCGGACGCCUCCCUCCAGCCCCUAGCACACCUCUCCUCGCCCACACCCACUUACACGAAACUAGCAACGCUCCACCUGGACGUCACAUCCGCUCCCUCCAUCUCCACAGCCGUCUCCCAAACCUCGGAAUUCACGGGCGGGAGACUGGAUUAUUUGUUCAAUAAUGCCGGGUACGGGUACAUGUCCCCCCUCCUCUCCGCGGACUUGGACGCCGUGCGGCGAAAUUUCGAGGUGAACGUUUUUGGGUUGUUGGCCGUGACGCAGGCUUUCUUCCCUCUGCUGCGGGAGGCGAGGGGGGUGGUGGUGUGCGCGGGGAGUAUUGCCGGGCUGUCGGGUUGCUAUCAGCCGUUUAUCGGCAGUUAUUCCGCGUCCAAGGCGGCGGUGGGGAAGGUGGGGGAUACGUUGAGAGUCGAGUUGGCGCCGUUUGGGGUGAAGGUCGUCACGCUAGUGACAGGCGACGUGCGUACGCAGUUCUGGGAGAACGCUCGAGCGGCUUCGCCUCGUCUCGCCCCGGACUCGCCGUACGAGCCGAUUCGUGCGAAGGCCGAGGCGAUGAUGGCGGGGAAGACGAACCCGGCUGGCCAGCAUGAGGCGGAGAGGUGGGCGAAGGAGGUGCUGAAUCAGGUACUCGCGCCAUCGCCGCCAGGUCAUGUGCGGAAAGGGUUCUUGGCGUGGGCGAUGUGGAUUGUCAGCUUGUUGCUGCCGUACUGGUUGCUUGAUUGGCUGUAUGCGCGGACUUCCGGGUUGGGAGAGCUCAGAGGGCACGUCAUAAAGGCGAGAUCGGUGAAGAAGACGCAAUGAUAGUGACUACACCUCAAACCUCACCGCCUCAUCUUCUUCUCCAACCUCCUCCUCUUCACCUCAAACGCACCCCCCAUCCCACUAUCCCUCGGCCCGUCCGCCACACUCCCACUCCCUCGCUUCCGACUCCGGAUC